UUGUAUUUAAGGAAUUAAAAGGAAAUCGAAAUUUCAAGAUAAGUUACUUUAAACUUCUGUUGUUAGAAGUCACGUGUCUGUAAUUGCAAUAGAUAUGAUACAUCGUCUCUAUAUCACAUGCAUAGUCGACAAAUUGGUGCCGACAGAUUGGUCAUACAAUGUUCCUGGGCUACAUUUUGCUUUCUCUGGUAGCGCUGGCUUCCACAAACAUAGUUCCGCGAUCAAACCAGUGCGGUAACCAGUCGUAUUUCACGGCUGAAAACGGAAUAAUCCGAAGUAAUUCCGGUUACUACCUCGGCAUUGAUUACGGCACAAAUUUGGACUGUGUGUGGACGAUAGAGGCCCCAGAAGGACAAAUGGUGGCUUUGAUGGCAAACACGUUUCACGUGGAACUCAGUAGUGGGGGUUGCUGGUAUGACUACCUCGAAUUGUUCGAUGGAAACACAACUAGACACAGUCACAGUCUUGGCGAAUUCUGUGGUGAUUCAUUCGCUCCCAUCUCUUCGACCCAGCGAUUCCUCACCCUCAACUUCGUAACAGACAGCAGCAGCGUUUACAGGGGUUUCGAGCUUUUCUACAACUUCACUGAUCACGUGAUUCGAACGUGCCAUCAACACCAGUUCCUAUGUGCAAACUUGCACUGCGUCCCGGACCGCUACCAAUGCGACGGACAGGACGACUGUGGGGAUGCAAGCGACGAAAAGAACUGUCAAUACGUUACAACUCAAAAAGUAUGCAAUUUUGGAGUUUUCCAAUGUGGGAAUGGGAAGUGCGUUUCGGGCAUGGAUAUAUGCGACGGUGACAACGACUGCGGGGACAUGUCGGACGAGAUUGGGUGUACUGGAAAUCAUAGCCAAGGGUGUGGGCAAACCAAUGUCAGUGGAUCCUCGGGUAUCAUCAGCACCCCCAACUUCCCCAUGCAUUACCCAUCUAGCUCUUAUUGCACGUAUCACGUGACUGCACCAGAAGGAACAAUGGCUAUUGCGUUCACGUUUGACGACCGGUUCAGCAUAGAGUCGUCUUAUGCUGACGAUAACUGUGUAUUCGACAGUAUCACCAUCUCCGGAACGCAUGGGCAACAGAUGCACGGUCCAUUUUGUGGGCAUGCAGCGCCAUCCCCAUUCGAAAUCCAUGGCAACGAGGCGGAAGUCCGGUUUAAAUCGGAUCGUACAACUCAAUUUGAAGGAUUCAAGUUGACAUGGACGGCGUCAGACAAAAUGUUAAAAUAAGAUAUGCUGCGUGACUUUGUACUAUUCUUUGAAAAUAAAUUUAUCCGAACCGUUA